AUGAAAGGCAAGGAGAUAGCGGGUUCUUCGGCGUGUCCAAGAGAUCCCAAAAAUGUGGCAGCAAUCACCACACCCAGCGAGGGGUCUCAAGUGAUCGAGAAUCUUGAUCCAAGGAGGAUUGACUUCGACGAAAACCCGGGGAAGUCGGAGAUCACACCAGAUAAUGUGCAACCUACCCUGUCUGCUACAACGAUUAGCAAGCAGGAAGAGGGGUCAACGGCUAUGGUCGUUGACACUAUCUGA